AUGUCUACAGCACCUGAGAAACAAAAACGGAAGAGAAUAACAUUAAGGGUUAGUGAAAAACUGGAGAUCAUUAAGAAAAUGGAACGAGGCAUAAAGAGGAGCGAAUUGAUGACGGAAUAUAACAUCGGAUCGUCGACUUUGUACGACAUCAAGAACUCAAAACAGAGGCUUUUAGACUUUACCACUUGUUCUGAGCCAAACAAUAAAGUAACGGAUAGAAAGAGUCUGCAUAAACCGAAAUGUGAAACUGUAGAUAAAAUUCUAUACGAAUGGUAUUUAUUGCAGCGAUCGGAGGGUGUAGCUGUAUCUGGGUCCAUGCUUUUAGCUAAAGCUAAAGAUUUUAAAGAAAAAUUGGGUUUGAAUACGUCGCUUAUUUUCUCCGACGGAUGGUUGACCAGGUUUAAGAUGCGUCACGGAAUCGGGAAAUUAGACCUCACCGCUGAGAAGCAACCAAGAGAAUCCGAAACGGCAAUAGCAACCGUAUACAGCUCGACAUUUGAUGAACUCGUUAAUCAAUAUCAUCUUACACCUGAUCAAAUAUACAACGCUGACGAAACUUGCCUUUACUGGAAAUGUUUACCUGAGAAAAUAUCGGCAAAUUCUGAUGAAGCAAAUGCGAGUUUUUCCAAGUACAACAAAGAAAGAUUGGCAGUUCUUAUGUGUGCAAAUGCGUCUGGUCAACACAGGCUAAAACUGUUGGUCAUCGGCAAAUUAAAUCGCCCUAAAUCCUUAAAAGGGAUAAUGAAUUUACCAGUUUCUUAUAAAACCCAGAAAAAUGCAUGGAUGGAUAAGGAACUUUUCCAAAAUUGGUUUACUCACGAAUUUGUGCCCGCAGUGCGACUUAAUCUACAUGAUAUGGGUAAGCCUGCAAACACUAAAUGUGUCUUACUCCUUUAUAAUAGUAAGUGUCACCCUCUUGAAUCAAAAUUAGUUUCAGAUUGUGGAAAUAUUUUUGCGUGUUACUUACCAGCCAACGUCAAUCAUCUUGCGCAACCGAUGGACCAAGGAAUUAUACAGAAUUUCAAAUGUUAUUAUAGAAAUUAUUUUAUUAAACAAUUAAUCUACAGCGAACUUCCUGUCCCUGACUUUCAGCGCCAAUUUACAAUUAAAGAUGCUCUCUUUGGAUCAGCCAUUGCAUGGACCACUGUUAAAUCUGUUUCACUUCUGAAAGCAUGGAAAAAAUUCUGGCCGGUUUUCACGUUUGGCCCUUUAACUUCCGACGAUGGAACUGAAGAUGAUUUCGAUGGAUUUAAUGUACGACAGUGCACAAAAGAAAUAAUGCAGACAAUACAAAAGACACCCUUAGAAAAUCCGCUACAUAAUCUGGAAGAUAACGACAUCGAGGAUUGGAUUACGGUGGACAAUGGUAUUGAGCUAAGCCAGAUAUCUUCAGAUCAGGACAUUGCUGACAGUGUGGUUAAUCCCGAAAAUCCGGAUACGGCAACUUGUUCCGAGGACAAUGAUGAGGAGGAUGGAAACGAAACGGUAUCUUGGUCUAAAGCUCAGUCGUGCAUGGACACGAUUCUUUCUUAUUUUGAACAAAAUCCCUGCUUCUCUAUGCAACAGGUUAUGCAAGCACACAUGCUUAAAAUUACAAUGGUUACCACAGAACAAAGGUCGGCGGCACAAAACGAUAUCAAGACAAUCUUAAAGAAAGCCAUGGAAGAAAAUACGUCUGUGCAAUAA